AUGUCAUUGACAGAUACAACUCUCAAGCAAAAAUAUCCUGCCAAAGCCCACGCCCGGCGAGUGGCAAAAUAUCUGACUGAUCGAGGGCUUCCUCGUGAUGGAGUCAUAUAUCUUGAGGCCCAGAAAACCGUCAUGGUCGAGGACGACGACCAGGCGAUGCACUUUCGCCAACGGCGGUACUUCUUCUACCUCUCUGGCUGCAAACUACCAGAUGCUUAUGUCACGUACAACAUUCCCCAGGACAUUUUGACGCUGUUCAUCCCCCCGAUCGAUCCCGAGAGCGUUAUCUGGGCUGGGCUUCCCGAAUCGAAGGACGAAGCACUGCAAAGGUAUGAUGUCGAUAAUGUGCUUUAUAGCAACGAGGUCAAUGCAGCUUUGGCUGCUUAUGGCCCAUCAGCUUCGACGACUGUGUACGCAAUCCCAGAGCAGAUCUCAGAACACAUCACGUUUCUCCCUUUUGCACAAACCGAAUUUGCCUCUUUGAAGACUGCCAUUGACGAAUGUCGCGUGGUCAAAGACAGCUAUGAGGUGGCAUUGAUCAGAAAAGCAAACGAGAUUUCAACUUUGGCGCAUAUCGAGGCGGCGAAGGUGACUCUGACCGCCAGCAAUGAGCAAGAGAUCUAUGGCGCCUUCAUCGGAACAUGCAUCUCAAAUGGCGCUCACGAACAAGCAUACCAUUCCAUCUGUGCUAGUGGCACCAGCUGCUCGACUUUGCAUUACAUCCGCAAUGACCAACCUCUCCGCCAGAGGCUGAACAUCCUCCUCGAUGCCGGCGCGGAAUAUGAAUGUUACUGUGCUGAUAUCACGCGUACGUUUCCUGUCAAUGGGUCAUUCACUGCGGAAUCCCAGACAAUCUACAACAUUGUCGAUGAAAUGCAGUCGUCCUGUUUCAAGAUGCUCAAGGCGAAUGUGCGAUGGGAGGACGUGCAUGAAAAUGCUCACUGGGUCGCAAUUCGAGGCCUGAAAAGUGCAGGUAUCCUCGUAGGCGAUGAGCAAGAGAUCUUCGACAAACGGAUCAGCGUCGCCUUCAUGCCGCAUGGGCUGGGCCAUUACCUAGGCAUGGAUACACAUGACACCGGCGGCCAUGCUCAGUAUGAUGACGAAGAUACCAUGUUCAAGUACCUACGAGUACGAGGAAAUGUGCCUGCUGGUGCGGUAAUAACCGUAGAGCCUGGUAUCUACUUCUGUAAUUUCAUUCUCGACCCAGUCCUGGAAGAUCCGGAGUUAGGGAAAUACAUUGACAAGCAGGUGCUGGAGAGAUAUUGGGCUGUUGGAGGCGUUCGAAUUGAGGAUGAUGUGCAUAUCACCGAAAAUGGAUAUGAGAAUCUGACCGAUACACCAAAACUAUAG